AAAUUAUUUUUUAUUGCUACUUCAUAACUUAAUAUUAGUUUAGGUAAAGCGACCCCUGUGUAAGGGUCGUUCGACUCGCAAAGGGGUCGUAACCCAAGGGGUUGAGAACCGCUGAUUCAACCGAUAUUAAAUAAGCUUGCAAAGACAAACUUAAUCUAAUUGUAUUUUUAAAAUUAAAAUGGUGGUAAAGAUGUAAAGUCUGAUCGUUAGACUAAAUAUCUCCGUGAGAUGUCCAACCUCAGUUGACCGUUUCGAUACAUUCAUCUCAACAAAGGCAGGAUUAUUUACGUUUAAAUGGUCAGUUUAAAGUUGGAUAUUUGACAAUGUAUCCGCGAGAUGGCCAAUCUCAGCUGGCCAAUCUCAGCUGACCAAUCUCGGCUGGCUAAUCUCAGCUGACCAAUCUCUCGUGACAUUCAUCCCAACGAGGACAAGAGAAUGCACUUGUUUAAAGGCCGAGGGUUUGCUCUGAACUGGACACUGCUCCUCAUUGCUCUCACACGUACAGGUCAGAAUUGUGUUUCACAAUGACACUGUUUCAAAUUAUCUUCUUCACCUUUAUAUUGGCAACGAUAAAUCAUGAAGAACUACAACAACAAAAAAAAAAAAAAAUUCUUGUUUUUUUUUUUUUUAAAUCCAAAAAAAAAAAAAAAAUUCUUGUUUUUUUUUUUUUAAAUCCAUAAAAGUACUUUUAUACAUGUUAAAAUGAUGUUUAUGACCAUAGUGUUAUUUUGGUCAUGCUGUCUGUAUUUAUACAUUUAAAAAUAAUAAUAUACAAAAAUUAAAAACGUGUAAUUAUUUUUUUAAUGUAUAUAGAAAGUUAGAUUAAAUGUAUCAUAGGAAUCUCAGACGCACAGAUUUAUUCAUUGAUGAACAAAACACUUUUAUUACAAUUUAAUACGAUUGUGAGAGUGAUAGAUCACGUGUCAGUUUCAUUGAUAGAUUGUCCAUUGCCAGGUGUAUCGAUUGUGAGAGUGAUAGAUCACGUGUCAGUUUCAUUGAUAGAUUGUCCAUUGCCAGGUGUAUCGAGACAGACUGGAUGGUUAAGAUGGGAGGCUAAAGAAAAACGCGUGGUUUUCAAUGACGAUGCUGUGGUCUGUCGCAAUGGUGAUGGUAUCUUCAUUGAAGAUGUUACUUUCCUAAAGAAGGUAAUGUACAGUAAGAGAAAAUGUGUACCUGAGAUAAAUAUACAUAGAGGUGGAAUGCGUACCAGUGAUAAGUACACAGAGAGAAGGAAUGUGUACAUGUGAAAGUACCCAGAGAGAAGGAAUGUGUACAUGUGAUAAGUAUCCAGAGAGAAGGAAUGUGUACAUGUGAUAAGUACACAGAGAGAAGGAAUGUGUACAUGUGAUAAGUAUCCAGAGAGAAGGAAUGUGUACAUGUGAUAAGUAUCCAGAGAGAAGGAAUGUGUACAUGUGAUAAGUAUCCAGAGAGAAGGAAUGUGUACAUGUAAUAAGUAUCCAGAGAGAAGGAAUGUGUACAUGUAAUAAGUAUCCGGAGAGAAGGAAUAUGUACAUGUGAUAAGUAUCCAGAGAGAAGGAAUGUGUACAUGUGAUAAGUAUCCAGAGAGAAGGAAUGUGUACAUGUAAUAAGUAUCCAGAGAGAAGGAAUGUGUACAUGUAAUAAGUAUCCAGAGAGAAGGAAUGUGUACAUGUAAUAAGUAUCCGGAGAGAAGGAAUAUGUACAUGUGAUAAGUAUCCAGAGAGAAGGAAUGUGUACAUGUGAUAAGUAUCCAGAGAGAAGGAAUGUGUACAUGUGAUAAGUAUCCAGAGAGAAGGAAUGUGUACAUGUGAUAAGUAUCCAGAGAGAAGGAAUGUGUACAUGUGAUAAGUAUCCAGAGAGAAGGAAUGUGUACAUGUGAUAAGUAUCCAGAGAGAAGGAAUGUGUACAUGUGAUAAGUAUCCAGAGAGAAGGAAUGUGUACAUGUGAUAAGUAUCCAGAGAGAAGGAAUGUGCACAUGUGAUAAGUAUCCAGAGAGAAGGAAUGUGUAUAUGUGAAAGUAUCCAGAGUGAAGGAAUGUGUACAUGUGAAAGUAUCCAGAGAGAAGGAAUGUGUACAUGUGAUAAUUACACAGAGAGAAGGAAUGUGUACAUGUGAUAACUAGUCAUAAUGGCAGCCGUUAGUUUUCAAUAGAUAGAUGAAGUUGAUUAUUUGGCACAAAGACCAAACACUUCACAUUUCGUCCUUGUGAUCACUCGCUGUGAACUACUCAUAAACUAUUUCAAUGCUAAGAAAAGCUGAAGAGGGUUUCAAAGCUUUAAAAUGUCUGGUAUCCAUGGACGCUAACAGAGAAGGGUGGGGUACCCCACUCCUCUUUGCAUGUGGUUCCUUCAUUCGUCUCUGAGUACAUCAAUUGUGUCUAAGCUCAAUGCUAUUUAUUCAUUCGUCUCUGAGUUCAUAAAUUGUGUCUAAGCUCAAUGUUAUUUAUUCAGUCGUCUCUGAGUUCAUAAAUUGUGUCUAAGCUCAAUGUGGUUUAUUCAUUCGUCUAUGAGUUCAUAAAUUGUGUCUAAACUGUAAGUGGUUUAUUCAUUCGUCUCUAAGUACAUAAAUUGUAUUUAAGCUCAAUGUUAUUUAUUCAUUCGUCUCUGAGUUCAUAAAUUUUGUCUAAGCUCAAUGUGGUUUAUUCAUUCAUCUCUGAGUUCAUAAAUUGUGUCUAAGCUCAAUGUUAUUUAUUCAUUCGUCUCUGGGUUCAAAAAUUGUAUCUAAGCUGAAUGUGGUUUAUUCAUUCGUCUCUGAGUUCAUAAAUUGUGUCUAAGCUCAAUGUGGUCUUAUAGACCGAAUAAAAGUGGAGGGUGUGAUACUUUUUCAGGACAAUUUGGUUGAUGUCCCAGUGAUGUGUUUUGCUGUGUUAGUGUAAUUUUUGACAAAACUAAAUAUUACACAUAAUUUGAAAGCGUUUGUCUUUCAAUGAAUUUCUUUUUUCCCAGUGUUUACAAAAUUCUUAGUUUAUAUUAUAACUAUUAUUAUUUUUAUUACUAUCAAUAUCAAUAAUGUGACUAUCUUUUAAAAAUUAUAAUCAUAAAUACUACUCACCUUCUUAAAUGCUUUUAGGUAUCUUGUAAUACAUAAUUUUUCUUAUUAUUUUUACUAUUUUUAUAUUAUAUUUUCCGAUUAUAUUAUUAUCAUUAUUAUUUAAAAUUACUAUAAUUAUUGCUAUGAUUGCUAGCAUUACUACUAUUAUUAUUAGGGCCGGCACUAGACAUUUUUAGGUUGCGUGAAAAUAGGCAAUUGUCGCCUUCUGGAAAAUUAUGGGAAGAGUUAAGAAAAAAAAAUUUUUUUUGAGUUUAACAAAUUUUGGCGCCUGUGUGAUUGUCACGCGUCGUAACCCCUUGAGCUGGUCCUGAUUAUUAUUAUUAUUAUUAUUAUUAUUAUUAUUAUUAUUAUCACUCAUACUAUUCGAUUUGAGAACUUUUACAUUGAUCUAUACCUAUAAGUUAUAAACAAGGUUUUCCCGUAGAGAUCAUUUUAUUCCUAUACAACAGACCUCAUGUCCACGCAGUGGUCAGACUAACAACACCAGAUUAACAGAUGACUUUGUGAAGGCAGCCGUAAGAAGAGAUUGCGGUGGACAGCUGAAAUGUGGGACAAGAAAUGUUUUGGACCUCUUGGAGAAAUAUAAGUGUGACGAUGGUUCGACCCCAAUUACAAGCAUCACUUUGCUCCACCGCUGUAAACCUUUUGGUAUGUAAUAAAACAUACAAUAUACUUGUUUUAACCUGUCAUACUCUUUUACUCUUCCUGCGUAUAAGUAUAUAAUUUUAAUUGUAUAAAUUUAAAAUUUCUUUUUCCAACAUGACGUGUAUUCUCGGGGAUACUUCUGGUUAAGUUAGAAACGAUUACCGUUACUUUGACAUUGAGGAAAAAGAUACAUUCAUGCAUUUCUAAAUGCUAUAAAGAAUGAUUAUUGACAAUGAUAAACACAUAUAUUUAAACACUUAACAACCCCCACCCCCCAUUUCCUCCCGUUUUACAUCCUAUGCUUCUUUGUUUAAAUUUGGGGAAGCACAGAGCAGAACUGGAACAAAACUCACAUCAACAAAAAUGUCCCGAUCAGAACAAAAAAAACAAACAACAAAAAACAAGUAACCUGCUCCAAAACCUUGUUCAAAAUCCUUGCUCUAAAACCUUGUUCAAAAUCCUUAUCUAAAACCUUAUUCAAAAUCUUUGCUCUAAAACCUUGUUCAAAAUCCUUGCUCCAAAACCUUGUUCAAAAUCCUUGCUCCAAACCCUUGUUCAAAAUCCUUGCUCCAAAACCUUGUUCAAAAUCCUUGCUCUAAAACCUUGUUCAAAAAUCCUUGCUCCAGAUCCUUGCUCCAAAACCUUGUUCAAAAUCCUUGCUCUAAAACCUUGUUCAAAAUUCUUGCUCCAGAUCCUUGCUGUAAAUUCUUGCUCCAAAUCCGUGCUACAAAUCCUUGUUUUAAAUCAUCGCUCCAAAGCCUUGAUCCAAAUACUUUCUUUAAGUGCUGCUAUUGAAAAUAAUUUCUUUAUCUUAAUAAAACUGCGAUUUACCAAAUUUUAUAUAUAAAUUUUAUUAUCGAGACUUUCGACACCAUUAAAAGUAACUCUAUAAAAUUUCCAUAAAGAUAGAUGCACAAUUUAUAGUAUUCGAUUCCAUUAAUUUCUUCUCAAUUUUAGCAGUCAAUGUCAAUUUUUUUAGAUCUCAUGAAGCACUCCAAAGUAGUUCUAGACAUGUGCAAACAGUUCGAGAGGAAGAUUUCCAACAAUGAUGUGACCAACUCACUUGUCCUAAAAUCAAACAUUUCCGACUAUCAAAGAUGUUUAAUUAAGGCCCACGAGUCCAACAAAAACAUAACUUUGAAGACACUUCAGGUUGACUUCGGAAGUCAGUGCGACACAACGGAUAAUUGUGCAGGAUUGGUGGAAAUUUAUGUUGACAAAGUACAAAGCUCUAAGCAGAAAAAAAAGUGAGGACUAAUAACUAAUAUUACUUGAUGAAGAUCACAUUUUCAAAAGAUGACUUUGUGCUCAACCUUUUAUGUUGAGUUUGUUCUCAUUUGAAUUAUUAUUUCUUUUGUUCCAUUUCAUAAAUUGUCUAUGAGCCCUAUUUUUUUGUUAUGAUCACUUGUAACUUAAAUCACUCUUUAUGUCAUCGAUAGUAUACGAAGCAUGCCAGCUGCUUCAUCUAUCCAUAUAGAACUAUCUAUUGUAAGCACCUACACCGAUAAUUGUAAAUGAAAAAAAUAAAAUAAGCUCUUAUAUGUUUUCAUUACUUUUUUUUUAAAACUCCAUUUGUUUUAUGUAUAUAUUGUGGGCUUAUCAAAUUCAACGCCAUAAAAUGGAAUGUUGGCGCUUAAUGUUUCAAAGAAUACCUCUAGGAUGACGUUAAUUUACAUCAUCAAAUCGUGUAAGAUGCUAAAGCUUACUAUAUGAAUACAGGACCAAAUUGAAUCCAGGAUAUUAAGAAUUAAAAUAAGUAAAUCAACAUUGUCAUUUUAUGACAUGACCAAUACAUUGAAACCCGCUGACAUUGCAAUCGUAAAAAAUGUGUGUUUUCAUCUGAUUUGUUAGAAAGAAAAAAAUUUGAAGGAAAACAUAUUGAAAGAACGAUUUAAAAGUGGUUUUCCCCCCUAUUUUUCCGUUGCCUAAAAAUCAGUUGUGGAUUGUUUGAUCCUGCGGAGUUCACACCAUCGUCACAUUGUGACGGACGGAUGCCAGCCAAAAAAAAAAAAAAAAAUCAGGGUCGUAAAAAAAAUUGCUUUUUUUUAAUCAAUAGCCUAAAAAUCCGUUGGGGAUUGUUUGAGCCUGCGGAGUUCCCACCAUCGUCACAUUGUGGCGGACGGAUGCCAGCCAAAAAAAAAAAAAAAAAUCAGGGUCGUAAAAAAAAUUGCUUUAUUUUAAUCAAUAUCUCCAAAACACAGAGACGGGAAAAGUGUUACACAGCUACUUUGAAUAUUGUAUUUGAAAUAAGAAUCAGUUGAUUCUCUGUGGUUCAUGUUUUCUGUCAUGGUAGAUCAGCUUCUCUUCAGCUCUUGACCUUGAGAAAAGAAAUGUGGUAUUUAUUCUCCUGGGUUUUCUUCUCUAAUUCUUUUCUUGCUUAAUUUUAAAAUCAAAGCCUAGAUGUUACGUUCCAGAAUAGCACCGUGUGGGCGCUUUAUAUACAAGGACGACAAGUCUCAAUACAAUACAAGUCCGCUAAGUACUGCAACAAGUUCCGAGUACAUCAAUAAGUGCCGAGUACAGAAAACAGUUAUAAAAGAGAAAUAGCAUACUUACAAGCAAUUGUGUGGAUUGCUAAUAACCUCGUUUUCAACAACAACAACAACAAAAGGGGGGCAGGAGUAAAAGAAUUGCGUGUAAAUAUGUGUUUUACUAUAAUUUACAGUUGUGUAAAUUCACCCAAACAAUCUUGAUACUACUUCUAUAUACGCCAUGAAACAAUACUUUUGUUAGAUACCGUGAGCCCCUUACAUUGCUAAAAGGCCAAAUCCAAGUACAAUACAUGCGUUACACCUUGUCCACAAUAAUACUAUUCAAAUUGAGUAAAAUAUAUUUAAUUUAAAUAUAAUUUUCAAAUGUUAUUUAUUUGACCAUAUUUCAAAUGAACGCUGGUCAGACCAAUGCAACGACGCCAUUAUUCGUCCACAGGGGCAGUGAUUAUUUCAGAACUUCCCCCCCGGGUGGGGGGGCACUUCAGAUUUUCCAGGUGGGGGGGCGGUGCCAGCAGUGGCAGUUGAUUUAUUGUUGGACAUAUUUUUGCUCGCCCCCCCCCCGGAGAUAUAGCUGAACAUAACCUUGCGUAGUGGCACUGUUAAACUUACUUGUGUUUUGCGCACUGACUCGCGAGGGUGUCAAGGUUUUGUUACAGAGGUGUUACGUCAUAGGGGGCGGUGCCAGCAGUGGCAGUUGAUUUUUUUUUGGACAUAUUUUUGCUCGCCCCCCCCCCCCCCGGAGAUAUAGCUGAACAUAACCUUGCGUAGUGGCACUGUUAAACUUACUUGUGUUUUGCGCACUGACUCGCGAGGGUGUCAAGGUUUUGUUACAGAGGUGUUACGUCAUUAGUUCGAUAUAUCAUUUACACGCAAUGACGUCAUUCUUGCACACUCUUAGACUUGGAACCCCUACUUUUUAGUAGCGUUUUUAACAUAAAAAUAUAGUAAUUUAUAUGCUGUAUCCUAUAUCUAAAUCUUGAUUGAUUGUUGAAAAUAUUUCUAUUUGAUCAGCCUUGGUGGAAACCCCAUGACUUUCAGUGGCAGACAAUUUGAGCUAAACAUAUACAUGCCAACCGGCCGCCUAGUAUGGUUAGAACUUAAUGGUGAGUUGUUGUUUUUUGUUAAAUGAUCAAUAAAGAAGUGAAGGCUUUUCUUAAGUCCGGUGUCAUCUGGUACGGUAACUCAGGGUAUUUCUUUCAAAGUCUCAACGGUAACUAAGGGUAUUUCUUUCAAAGUCUCAACGGUAACUAAGGGUAUUUCUUUCAAAGUCUCAACGGUAACUAAGGGUAUUUCUUUCAAAGUCUCAACGGUAACUAAGGGUAUUUCUUUCAAAGUCUCAACGGUAACUAAGGGUAUUUCUUUCAAAGUCUCAACGGUAACUAAGGGUAUUUCUUUCAAAGUCUCAACGGUAACUAAGGGUAUUUCUUUCAAAGUCUCAAAUUUUCUUUAAAACCAUCGAGUUAACACUGAUAACACAGGCCAGCAACGAUUUUGAUUCUGACAGUAAAACGUACGGGAUGUAUGUAUUUUAACCUGCUGAUUCCAAAUAUGAAGUCAGAAACUGCCUUGCAACCCUUGAUUUAAGGUUAUGCAUGCAUUCAAAAUUAAUAAAAAUGGACGGUGCUGAGUUAGGAGGCACGAGCCCCCAGCGCACAUUUGCUAUCACUCAAUUCGGGAUCAAAACUAGUUUUAGUAGUUUGGGUAAAAUAAAUAUUAUGAAUCCUAAAAAUUAUAUAAUUUUUUUUUUUUUUUAAAAAUAACAUUAAGGAGCUAAAUUAAAUGAAUAAAUACAAAUUUGUGUUUUUAAAACGGCGGAAACAGAUAGUGCCGAUAAUAUUGUGCAUGCGCAGCAGCUUCAAAACAAAUUGUAAUGUUUCUUGGGCUGAACAUUCCCAUCUAGUCACUUCGUUCUAUGAUACAUAUUACUAUAAGACGGAUCAAGCUAUUUUGUUUCUGUACUGAUGUGAAUAGUCUCAUACUGGAGUUAGGUUGGAAAUACGCUUAUACUGAUCAGUUGAGACUGUGCAUAGAUAGACUUACUACGGAGAGUUGGGCUAGAACUUUGUUAAAAAUUGUCCAUCCCUUCUCGACUGAGAACUGACAAACCAAGAUCUUGAGACAGUUUUUAAAAAAAAACACCAAAAAAAACAACAAAGCUUUCAAAAAUAAUCCGCUCAAACAAUUUUAUCAUAUCAUUAUCUAUUAGAGGCAUGACUAUUUUAUAUAUUAAUUCAGUCAACAGUGACGUGGCUAGGGUAAGUACCGCCCGGGGCGCGUAAUUAUUCUUUGACACCCCAUCCCUACACAAUGAGAUGUAUUUCGAAAAAGCGAGUAUGGUUGAUGACUGCUGUGGGCCCCGUGGGCUCAUAUUUAUUUUGUUAAAAACAUUGUUUAGAAUUCUAACCCAAAUUUUAAAUAAAAUUUCUAAGUAGAUUCCAAAACCAUAACUGGGUCACAAGGUGAGAUUUCAAACAAAAAAACAUUACUGGCAGAGCUUCUCGGAUUAGUCAAGUGAUUGCUAUCACCGGACUUCUCGUAGAGCUGCUCAGGUGAGCCAAGGGAUAGCUAUCAAUCAAUUACUGGCAGAGCUGCUCAGGUGAGCCAAGGGAUAGCUAUCAAUCAAUUACUGGCAGAGCUGCUCAGGUGAGCCAAGGGAUUGCUAUCGCUGCAGGAACUCAAAUUUCAUGUUACAUUCCUGCCAGAAUUGACCAGAGCAGAUACUGUCGUAAGCCAAAAUAUUGGUUUCUGAGAUAAAAAUAAUAUAUUGUAUCUUCCCGUUAUAGCAUUGCAUUUAUUUUCCUUUAAAUGAGACUCGCCAAAUGGCUUUUUAAAAAAAAGAAAUUUAAAGCCUUUAAAAAAAUAUGUAUAGAUUCUGCUCAUAUUCUACUUUCAUUCAUUGAAAUUACGUUCAUUUUUUUUAACUCUAGAAUUUAUUAUUUUUUUUUUUUUUAAAUUUUAAAACCAUAAAUUUUUCAAUGAGUAAAUCAGGACUCGCCAAACUUUGAAAGGGUAACAAAAAUAGAUCGAUUCUCUAGGCUGUAUACCAAAUGUCAUAUUUUCGUGGAUCGAUACGAUAGACAUAGAGCACAUUUGAUUCCUCAUCAAAUAGCUUUGCUUACCAACUAAGAAAGGUCGGGAAAAAACAAAACCACAACAAAAGGUGGACCUUUGUUGUUGUUGUUGUAGUUGUUUUUUAAAUCUAUUUGGGAACCAUGACUGGUUGAUACCUUAAAUUGGCUAAUACAUAGAACUAAAUGACGUAUGGGGACAGACCAAGAACCAUUACUUUAAAGCCAAGUACAGGUCGCUAAUAACUGUAAUUGUUCUAACUUUGAAAUUUAAUUAAAUUAAUUUUUUAAAGAACUAAUUCACCCCUCUGCCAACCCCCCCCCCUUUUUUUUGUGUCCGACCCCGAAUGUUAAUGCUUUUGUGGUGUAAAGUUUUGCUUGAUUUUUUUUAAAUUUGAGAGUGGGAUAAUUGUUCUAACUUUGAAAUUUAAUUAAAUUAAUUUUUUAAAGAACUAAUCCACCCCUCUGCCAACCCCCCCCCCCUUUUUUUUGUGUCCGACCCCGAAUGUUAAUGCUUUUGUGGUGUAAAGUUUUGCUUGAUUUUUUUUAAAUUUGAGAGUGGGGCGGCACAAAGUCCUGCGACGCCCCUGAUCACAAUUCCACUUGACGUAUGUUAAACUUAACAAUGCUUGCCUACGCAGUUUCUUUCUUUUAAUUUGCUUUAUCUUCAGCCAACUUUAAUGACACCAUUAACUGCACACGGAAAGUAGGUGAGUAGUCGGUAUGCAGUGAGUAUAUUGUUCAAGGAGUAGCUGAGUAGUCGGUACUUAUAUUGUUCAAUGAGUAGGUAAGUAGUCGGUACUUAUAUUGUUCAAUAAGUAGGUGAGUAGUCGGUACUUAUAUUGUUCAAUGAGUAGGUGAGUAGUCGGUACUUAUAAUGUUCAAUGAGUAGGUGAGUAGUCGGUACUUAUAUUGUUCAAUGAGUAGGUAAGUAGUCGGUACUUAUAUUGUUCAAUAAGUAGGUGAGUAGUCGGUACUUAUAUUGUUCAAUGAGUAGGUGAGUAGUCGGUACGCAGUGAGUAGUCGGUACACAUGUUGUUCAAUGUAUGUGUGAGUUUGUUGGUACGUAAGGUCACGUUUUAGGACGCAGCACACGUCGUUAUAAAAUGACGUUUAAAGUGAUACCAAAGAACGUCGUUAGAAGCGCUGUUAGGAACGUUAAGUGAAACAGUUAAAUGUUUAACUAAUGACAAUGUUUUAAUGGAAGACUCGUCAGUAUGUGAGCAAGAAUUUCGGUAUUUGGAGGUAGAUGGGUGCUUGCUUAAAGAACUUGGCCAAGACCAAUAACAAUUAUUUUGUUGUUUUUUUUAAAAGAAAUUUAGUGUGUUCAAAUUGCAUGUAAGGAUCUUAUAGGGGUCUAAACAAUUUUGAAAUAGGGAAUGAAAUAUACCUAAAAUAAUUAAUUAUUUAACUGUUAGGAUGUUUGUUUGUUUGUUUAUUUGUUUGUUUUUUGUUUUUUCUUUAAGUUUUUCAUUACCAAAUCUAGAAUAAUUCCCAUAAUGACCUUUUCGGUCCCGCUCUUAUUGCGCACCGGGUUACGCUCUCAUUCGCUGCUUCUUACCUCCAUCGCGUGACUGUUAACGCACGCGACAAAAUGCACACUUAAAGAACACAUGUCUACGUCACUGAGUUUGAAAACACCAAGUCUACCGCAUUGAUCCCCCCUGCUCUUGUUACUUGGCAACGAUGGUGAACCAAACCAAGAACUGUGGAAAUAGUGUAUACAAUUAGUUUGUGCUGAAAUACCAGACAAGACUCAUAAUCCCUUAUGACCUUGUAACAAUCAAAUGCCAGAUGAUCCAUGUGGUCUAAAAAACAACAACAAAUACAACAACGUCUAAGUCAGUGCAUCUGUAAUCAUUUGUAUCAAUUAUUGAACUCUUUCUGUUGUUUAGGAACACACAACGUGGGUGCUUUGCAAAAGUUAGUUUAAAAACAAUGUAACAAUACCAAGAGCCAAAAAUAGACCGUUUUUUAACAGUGUAGUUAUAUUUUUGGAAUUUUUAUAUGUUUGAUAUUUUGUUAGUUUGAUAAAAAAUUAUAUUUUCCUUAAGAUUGUUUUUUUGUUAUAUAUUUCUGAAGGUCUUUAUAUGUUAUAUAUUUCUGAAGGUCUUUAUAUGUUAUAUAUUUCUGAAGGUCUUUAUAUGUUAUAUGUCUCUGGAGAUUUUUAUUUGUUAAAUAUUUAUGCACAUGGUUCUGUUUUAUACAUUUAUGUAGAGUGUUCUUUGUUUUAUAUUUAUGCAGAUUGUUCAGAUGUCAACAAUGAAGACAAAGAUAAUGAUGACAAGAAUAAUGGAUUUGGGAACAAUGAUGACAGUGACAGGGUCAUCGUCAUAGUAACGAGUUUGGUUGCUGUCGUUGUCACUAUCACCUUGAUCUGUUUGUGUGCUCUGCUCCUGUGUCGUGUGUAAGUAAAUCUAUCUGGUCGUGUGUUGUGCCCAUGUGUCGUGUGUAAGUAAAUCUAUCUGGUCGUGUGUUUUGCCCAUGUGUCGUGUGUAAGUAAAUCUAUCUGGUCGUGUGUUGUGCCCAUGUGUCGUGUGUAAGUAAAUCUAUCUGGUCGUGUGUUGUGCCCAUGUGUCGUGUGUAAGUAAAUCUAUCUGGUCGUGUGUUUUGCCCAUGUGUCGUGUGUAAGUAAAUCUAUCUGGUCGUGUGUUGUGCCCAUGUGUCGUGUGUAAGUAAAUCUAUCUGGUCGUGUGUUGUGCUGUCGUGUGUAAGUAAAUCUAUCUGGUCGUGUGUUUUGCCCAUGUGUCGUGUGUAAGUAAAUCUAUCUGGUCGUGUGUUGUGCCCAUGUGUCGUGUGUAAGUAAAUCUAUCUGGUCGUGUGUUGUGCUCAUGUGUAGUGUGUAAGUAAAUCUAUCUGGUCGUGUGUUGUGCUCAUGUGUCGUGUGUAAGUAAAUCUAUCUGGUCGUGUGUUGUGCCCAUGUGUAGUGUGUAAGUAAAUCUAUCUGGUCGUGUGUUUUGCUCAUGUGUCGUGUUUAAGUAAAUCUAUCUGGUCGUGUGUUGUUCCCAUGUGUCAUGUGUAAUUAAAUCUAUCUGGUCAUGUGUUGUGCUCAUGUGUCGUGUUUAAGUAAAUCUAUCUGGUCGUGUGUUGUGCCCAUGUGUCGUGUGUAAGUAAAUCUAUCUGGUCGUGUGUUGUGCUCAUGUUUCGUGUGUAAGUAAAUCUAUCUGGUCGUGUGUUGUGCCCAUGUGUCGUGUUUAAGUAAAUCUAUCUGGUCGUGUGUUGUUCCCAUGUGUCAUGUGUAAUUAAAUCUAUCUGGUCAUGUGUUGUGCUCAUGUGUCGUGUUUAAGUAAAUCUAUCUGGUCGUGUGUUGUGCCCAUGUGUCGUGUGUAAGUAAAUCUAUCUGGUCGUGUGUUGUGCUCAUGUUUCGUGUGUAAGUAAAUCUAUCUGGUCGUGUGUUGUGCCCAUGUGUCGUGUGUAAGUAAAUCUAUCUGGUCGUGUGUUGUGCUCAUGUUUCGUGUGUAAGUAAAUCUAUCUGGUCGUGUGUUGUGCUCAUGUGUAGUGUGUAAGUAAAUCUAUCUGGUCGUGUGUUGUGCUCAUGUGUCGUGUGUAAGUAAAUCUAUCUGGUCGUGUGUUGUGCUCAUGUUUCGUGUGUAAGUAAAUAUAUCUGGUCAUGUGUUGUGCUCAUGUUUCGUGUGUAAGUACCUUGAUCUGUGCCUGAACAGUGCUGUUGUGUUGCGUGUAAGCACAUUGAUAUGCGCGUGUGAUGUGCACAUGCCCAAAUAUUUUGAUGUGUGUAUGUGAUGCGCUCUCGUUUGCUGUGUAAGUACACUGAUCUGUGUGUGUGCUGUGCUCCAGUGUAGAAUGCAAAUGCAUUGAUUUGUCUAUGUGAUGUGCUCCUGGGUCAUGUAAGUACCUUCAUCUGUCCGUGUGAUGUGCUCCUGGGUCAUGUAAGUACCUUCAUCUGUCCGUGAGCUGUGCCCCUCCUGGGUCAUGUUUAAGUAAAUUGAAAUGUGUGUGUGUUGCUUUGCACCUCUGUUGUUUCUAAAAGACAAUGUACUUAGGGGCAGUUUCUUCUCAGUUUGGGUAAGCUAUCCGAUCGGUACGCCAGCUUCAGCGGGGUUUGUGUAGCUAGUCCAUGUUGCCCAACUUAGGGUCAACAAAUACUUUUAUAAACUAUCAGUUAGGACACCGUAAUGUGUAAGGCUUAUCAUAUUUAGUAUUAGAAUUUUAUUACAAUGCGAGGCACUAUAGUGUCUUGAAAAGAUCUUAGAUUAAAUAAAAAUAGACAAAUAGAACCCGACGUGGAACUUCCGUCCCAUUGCAAACUUCUUUGACAAAUUCUGCUCUCACGGAAUGAUUAUCGCCUUAUUUCCCUUCCUUAAUUCUUUCAUUUUUUUUGUUGUUGUCGAGAUAUUUGUAGAAAAGAAAAAAAUUCGAACAAAAUAAAUUGUUUGAAUAAGACACCCACGUCCAGUCAACGGAUUUAAAGGUCGCCUGCGAUAAGUUGGUGUCCAAUAAUUUAGUGCAAUUGAGGAUAACAAAAGGGAUCCUACCUACCGUCAUUGCAGCCUAGCCCCGGAGACCCUAGAGCAUCUGUUGGCCGAAUUUCCCUCACUAGAUCUCCCGGGGGGAAGCCAGGGCGGUUGGAGGAUCCUUUGUGAGGGAAAUGUUGUAUGGCUCAGCUCAACAGAUGGAGUUGAUAGCCAAUUUACUAGCCGGGGUCAUACGAGAGUAAUCUCAGACCCUCACCAGAAUAUGUUUGUUAGUUAGUUCAAUUGAGGGAAAACCUUUAAUAGUGGUUGUUAUGUUUGAUUUCAAAAUAUGAAUAUUUGAACACAGGAGGAGCAAAAGACGUGAGAGUGUCCAUCAAAAUGGAAUGCUGUACAAACCGGGAUGUCACUAUGAUGACGUUUCAGCAGACGAUGAUACAAGGGUUAGUAAGUCUUUGUUUUUACACACAACAUUCUACAUAUUUUAUUUUAUUAUAGACUUAACUUCUUUUUUUUUUAAAUACAACUUACUUUAUUAUGAAAACAUUACAAUAGAAUUGUGUCCUAAUUGGACACACAUCAUUAUUCACCUAUAAUGUUUCCCAAUUUACAAAGACUGUUUUUAUCCCAAUUUACAAAGACUGUUUUUAUCCCAAUAUACAAAGACUGUUUUUUUUAUCCCAAUAUACAAAGACUGUUCUUGUUUUGUGCUUCCUGAUUUACCCAGAUAGCGCAGCAAUGCUUGUAUAUAACCCUAGGUAUCAUCUGAUAUUGAGAGUGUUAGCGCUAAUACUUAUAUUUAAACAUUGACAACACUAAUCCUAGAUCCCAUAAGAUAUUGACACUGUUAUUGCCAAUAGUUGCAUCUACACAUACACAACACUAAUCCUAGAUCACAUCUGAUAUUGACACUGUUGUUGCCAAUAGUCACAUCUAAACAUUGACAACGACACUCCUAGGUAUCACCUGGAGCCCCACCGACGUCUGAGAGUGGUAUCUACGAUUUGGCGAAACAACAUUUGUCAGAGGAGAAAAUUAAUCGAAACCUCACCGAAGAAAGGGUCGGAGAGAUUUAUUCUGAAGUCAACCAAGUCUUACAUUCAGAGGCGGCGUCUGCUCCUAGGUAGGGCUUGUUAUAUUUCUGAUAGCGUACAAAUGUUUUGGAAUCUUUAAUACUUUAAAAAAAAAAAUUUUGGAGACUUAACCUUAAUCCAAUCUUUGGAAACGCUUUGUCCUGAUGGAUAUUCUGGACAGUAACUAAGGUGGAUAUUCUGGACAGUAGCUAAGGUGGAUAUUCUGGACAGUAGCUAAGGUGGAUAUUCUGGACAGUAGCUAAGGUGGAUAGUCUGGACAGUAGCUAACAAAACUGGACUAAACGAAUUUAAAUUUUGACUUAUUCAGAAGGUUCGAACGCGGAGCUAACUCUUCGAUGCUGCAGGUCGGCUCUAGCACACAGCUGAAUGUCGGCAGGACCAUAACUAGGCAGUGGUCCAUUGUUAUGCUUUACAGUGAUUGUCAAUUACUCUGUUGCGGUGUUUUCUAUCUCUGGAUUCAGUUAAUGGCACGAGGAGCUCAUUAUAUAUUCAUCUUAUUUUAUUGUUAUCAUUGAUGGUUUACUUAUGCUACAAAAUACUUAUAAACCACUGUGCUGAGGUCCUUUACAGCUCUGGCUGGCUGUCGUAAAGACAUCUGAAAGUGGUGGAGAGGUUGGAAUGAUGUGUUGUGAAGAGGUUGGAUUGAGGCGUUGUAAAGGUUGUAAAGAGGUUAGAUUGAGGGGUUGUAAAGAGGUUAGAUUGAGGCUUUGUAAAGUUUGUAAAGAGGUUAGAGUGAGGGGUUGUGCACAGUUCAAGUUUCUAUAGUUGUAGUCUCGUUUAUUUUUUGUUUCUGUUUUUUUUUUUUUUUUUUUUUUUAUUUUUUUGGGGGGGGGGGUCGAGGGAGUUGCAAUUUUAUACCAAGAACAUGUGACCUCUGACCUCAUGUCUUAAAUCAGUGGUUCUCAACCUCUGGGUCGCGACCUCUUAGGGGGUCGAACGACCCUUACACAGGGGUCGUCUAAGGCCAUAAAAAAACAUAUUUAUGAAAUAGAAACGAAAAUAAUUUUAUGGUGGGGCUCACCACAACAUGAGGAACUGUAUUAAAGGGUCGCGGCAUUAGGAAGGUUGAGAACCACUGUCUUAAACAUUGAUAAAUUUAGAUAGUUCAAAACCAAAUUGAAUGUUAUAUCUUCCAUUUUCACCCACAGUACUGUGAACGGUGAAACAAACGAAAAAGGCGUGCCAAACAGUGUCACUGACAGAGAUGAGUACUCGCAUCUUGCACAUUUUAAAGUGGAGACGAGAAUAACUGAAAACGUAUACGAUGGCUAGAGACAGGAGUUUGAGAAUGCCUGGGAAUGUUGUUUUUUUUACGAUGGCUAGAGACAGGAGUUGGAGAGUACACUUGAAAAAACCUGGAGCUAGACAAGAUACCCAAUGAAACAGAAGAACUUGUUUGCACAUAUUAAUUAUUUGAGUUUUGUUUAUUUCGGUCAAUAAACCAUUAUGAAAACACGUGCAGCCUUAAAGAAAAAGGUUUAGAGCGAGGGCAGCUAAUUAUCUGAUUGUUGUUUGCAUAAUUUUUAAUGAUGACGUAAUUAUUUAUUUAUUUAUUUAUUUAUUAUUUGUUCAAUUAUAAACCGUUUCUAUUUUGAGCAUUGCUAAACUCAAGUCUCAUGUUAAAUGUUUCAAUGAAUUAUACCUAGUCAGAUAACAAAUUUACGUUUAUGUACUAUGUCUUAUGAUAUAUUUUUUUUUCUUUUUCUAAAGCAAUGUCUGCUAUUAAAAGACCACAC